AUGUUCCUCAACCUCGACUAUGGUGGACCAUCACGGGAACUGUUCUACCUACUAUCAAGAGAACUAUUCCAUCCAUACUAUGGCCUUUUCGAAUACUCAGCUCCCAAUCAGUACACCGUUCAAAUUAGCCCCCACUCAAAUCUUGUACAACAAGAAAUGCAAUGGUUGAACUCUUUGAAACGACGUUGUGGCAUGUUCAGGAUGGAAUUGGCUGGGCGGGUUCUAGGACUAGCGCUAUUGCAUCGAUGCCUUAUUGACACGUUUUUUACUAGAACUUUCUACAAAAUGUUAUUGGAACAACCCGUCACAUUGCACGACCUACAAGAUGUUGAUCCAGAAUUUUACCGUAGUAUGAUGUGGAUUCGAGAAAAUCCAGUAGAUCCAUCACUUGGAAUGACAUUUAUUGUUACUGAGGAAGAAAAUGGACAGGUGGUUGAAAAAGAACUGCUACCUAAUGGAGAUGAACUUGAAGUCGCUGACCACAAUAAGGAAGAGUUUAUCUCGCUAAUGGUUAAAUGGCGAAUUGAACGUGGAGUUCAGCGUCAAUCACAAGCACUUCUAAGAGGUUUGCAUCAAAUUAUUGAUCGGGAUUUUCUGCGAGUAUUCACAGUGGAGCAAGUUGAAUUGGUGCUUUCUGGAUCACGAGAAAUUGAUUUGGAAGACUGGCGAAAAAACACUGAAUAUAGGGUUGGUGCAAGAAUUUUUGAUAAUUUCCACCGUAACCACACAAGAUGGCGUAAAGUGAAAAGCACAUUGUGUAACCAAACGAACUUUCGACUUUUUGUAGCUGUGGCUACACCCAUUCAUCUCUAUGCACUUACGAUUAUUGAUCGGGACUUUCUGCGAGUAUUCACAGUGGAGCAAGUUGAAUUGGUGCUUUCUGGAUCACGAGAAAUUGAUUUGGAAGAUUGGCGAAAAAACACUGAAUAUAGGGGAGGUUAUUUCGACGAACAUGUGGUCAUAGAAUGGUUUUGGGACCGGGUAGCUCAAAUGUCAAAUGCCGAGCGAUUAAAAUUGCUACAGUUUGUCACUGGUACUUCGAGCAUACCGUUCGAAGGUUUUGCCAUGUUACGUGGAAGUAAUGGGCCAAAACGUUUCACUAUAGAGAAAUGGGGUGAAGAGUCAGCUCUUCCAAGAGCGCAUACGUGUUUCAAUCGCCUUGAUCUGCCGUCCUAUCCAACACGGCAUAUAUUGAAGGCCAAACUACAUACUGCCAUUAUGGAAGGCAUUAAUUACGCUAUUGAAUGA